UUUGGUAGAGAACAAAAAACGAAGCUUAAACCCUUUCUCUUCCUCCGCCGCGUUCUCAAAUUCCUCCAAAGCUCAAGCUCAAGAGCCUUUUCGAUUUUUUUUGUUUUCUUAAGAACCAACCUUUGCUUCUCGUACCCUUCUCUGUGAUUUCGUUUCCAAACGAAACGCAGAGCUUUGCACACUCUCUGAUUAACCAUGGCGACUUCAGCUGAUGCUCGAGCGGUAAAGUCGCUCAACACUUCCGGGGGGCGUAAGAAAUUUGUGUUCAAGAAUUUACCCGAGAGAAUCAAUGAAAUUGACAUCACCAGCACCGAGUUUAGGACCUUAAAUAAGGUGAAGGCUGAGCCUUCUGAAGGAUCCACUUUUUUCAGGGAUUGCCUCGUAGAAUGGAGGGAACUAAAUACUGCAGAAGACUUCAUCUUGUUUUAUGAAGAAAUGUUACCACUAGUCCAGAAUUUGGAGUUGGUUAUUUUGGAAAAAGAAAACAUCUUCUCGAAACUUGUCUCUCGAUUACAAAUGAAAGCAAGAUUAUCUCUUGAACCCAUUCUCAGGUUGAUUGCUGCUCUAUCAAGAGAUCUUUUGAGGGAUUUUCUUCCCUUCUUGCCACGAAUUGUGAACUCGUUACUGAUUCUCCUAAAAAAUGGUGCCCAUAAAGAGCCGGAGAUUAUUGAGCAGAUAUUCUCAUCAUGGUCUUCCAUAAUAGAGUCCCUGCGGAAGUAUCUCGUAUGCGACAUCGAAGGCAUUCUCAGGGAUACGUUGGAAUUGAGGUAUCACCCCAAAGACUAUAUCAGUGAAUUUAUGUCAGAGUCCAUGUCAUUUCUGUUGAGGAAUGCAUCGGAUGAGCAACUUGAAAAAGGGAUCAGCAUGAUCCUUUCUGAAGUUGCACAUCAACCCAACAACGUUGGAGGAGUUGGAUUACUCUAUUAUGCUAUGCGGGGUACCUGUGGAGGACUCCAUUCAAAAGCUGGGAGAGUUUUGAGGUUCUUGCUGAAAGAUUCAACAUUAUCUCUUUGUGAUAAUUUUCCUAAAGGCCCUGGUACAGUCGUGGAAGUUGUGAGUUUGGUUUUGCAGAGAAUAUGCGAGGAUUUGGAAGCAGAAAAAUCAAUUGUCAUGUGGGAGUACUUGUAUAAGAAUAUAAACAAAUCAAUUUCAAACAAAAAGUCAGUUCAUCUAAGCCGACUAUUGAAUGUGCUUACUGCAGUUGUUAGGAUUGAGAAAGGUCGCAAGGUACAUGAUAGCUCGUCACUGAUUGGAAUCGUGAGCCGCAUUGUGUCAACGUUUGUUGCUUCCUCUGGGACCCUUGUAGAAGGUGAUAAUUUAUCUGCUGUCCUCGAUGAAGUUCUACAAUUGAUAUUAUGCACAAUCAACAGAGUCAAUGAAAUGCCAAUUGUUGCUUCGCAAUGGGCUCCGAUUUUUGCCUUGAAAAGUUCAAGUUUGCUGACUUUUUUGAGGGAGUUCCUACUGAAGGAUCAUUCAGUUGUGAAAGCCUUUACAAAUAAUAUAUUAAGUGCAAUUAACAACAUGAUUUGGGAGUCUCCUGAGGAAGUUAUUCCUCUGUUACUAACACUGUGUGAGAGUCAACAAACAAGUCAUGACGGGGUGAACAUCAUAAAUCAAAUAUUUGAGGGUAAAUAUGAGAGAAUUCAUUCGUUCUUGGAAAAGAAUUUAAAAGAGAUUCAACAGAAUAUCGAGAAUACUGGAUUAGUUCAAAUUGACGAGGCCAAGUUGGCUAUCAUUUGGGGAGUUGUCAACUGUUAUCCUUAUUUUAGAGUGGAUUCAUCAUUACUGAUUUGCUUUAAGAAGACUCUCAGACAGCAUUUGGGAGUGUCGGAUGUGUCAUCUGUUGAUCGAACACAUGAAGAUUCAUGGGCGGGGUCUGCCACUAUACAAAAUCCUAAAUAAUUCUCAUAUCCUGUUUUGCAGUGUCUUCUCCGUGAUAUUUCUUUCAUUGAGCUGUUUGUUCACUGGAAAUUGAGUUGCCCUUGAAUGUGAUUUUAUUUUCUGGAUUUUA